AUGGAAACUCGCGUAAGAAAUUUUGUCCUUGAUAAGGCUGUCGGUCUACUGCAGUCUUUCAAAACAAAGCUACCACCAAAGACCUCCGGCGAUAUUGAGGCCGGCUUGUCAGAUGCUACAAAACAUCCACCAACUAAUGAUAUAUUGCAACACUGCCCAGCCAGCCAAAGAAGCGAAAGCACUCCAGGAGACCUGGGAGGCGAUGAUACCCAGGGCAACAUCUCACCAUCAAGGGAAUCCAUCGCACAAGGACUUAAGCAGCAACCACAAUUCACUGAAGGCCCAGCUCGCUUCGUCAUAGCCAAUGACGGUUCAAAAGACUGUGUGGCGUUGCUGGUCACCGAUACACUAAUCGCAGAACUUCGCAAUCUUUAUGAGGAUAGUCAUCAUUUGUCAGCAAAGCAAGGACCCCUGGAUUAUGCGCGCAGAGAAGCUCGGAGUUUUGAGACCUCGAUAGAGCAAAUCAAAGAAUCGAUUGAAGGGGCCGAAAAUCAAGAAACAAUCAACGAGCUCCGAGAAAUGGUGCAACAACAAGAAUCUCGACUGCUUAAAAUUUCGCAGCGAAGAAAGGAGCUCGAACUCGGCACAAAACAGCUUGAAAGAAACGUCACAUCUUGUAAAGCACAGAUCCAGUGGAUUUUGGACACUGCUAUGAAAGAAGCAGAAUUCCUUGAACCGCACAGGCCCCUCACACCCGUCACGACGAGCGACAUCGAGAGCGGACCCAGGACCCAAGAGGAGAUUCAACAGAAUAGCCACAACCAGAAAGGCAGCAAGAACGGAAGACACAACGCAGUCGAGAAUGUGACUACUGGCGCGGACUUUCAGAACGAGCACUCUGUUGUUUCAGCGAACACAGUUGAUGUCCCGGAAGAUGUGCAGCUGCGCCGCCGAGUGGCUUGGGAGUCAUACAACGAAAAUUUGGUGACAAUGCACAAGGUUCAAGCGCUAUUCGACAACCGACAACAAUCAUAUGAGACAGAUCUGGCAGACUAUCAGCAAGGUUUCGCAAAUGGUGUUUAUGAUAUAUCCCGCAGUGAGUUCGAUCGGUCAAAGAUCCGGUAUGGACAGAAAGUCACUCGAGCUUUGAUCAAUGCCGAGGAAGCAUUCGAAGCUGCGAAAGAACAGGCACAAGCUGUCGGUGCGAUUGGAUCCGACUACGACGACGCAAUGAGUUGUUAUGGCUGCUACGAGGAGAGCUGGCCAGAGAGCCAGUUGGCGUCUUAUUUAGUCACAAAAGACUGGAGCCAUGUCCACAGUUGGUUGGCAGAACUUCCAGAACCGAGUCACACGGAGGAACUGGAACUGGAACUGAAUCCACCAGAGGUCGACGAUUGGUACGCAGACGAAGUCGACCCGGCGGACAGUAUCAGCCAGGUCGAUUUUGAUGACUGUCGCAAAGACAUUGAUCGUUGGGAGAAUAUCCGCUUGGACAUAUGGGAGGAUAUGCGCACUCAGGUUGGUGGCCCAGAGGUGCAGGUAGGUUUCUUGGUACGGAGCAUAGAGUCCUUGAAGCCUGCCAUAGACGGCCCAUGUCGCCUGGUCGACGUUCGGCUCUCCCCAGACGGCAUCGUGACCAGUGGUCGGCUCUGGAAAUUAUACAAAGCGAUUGAUACUGGGACCUUUGCCUCUGAAAUGCCAUCGGAAAAGAGAUCCCUCAAUGGCUUGAACGCGUAUCAGAGGAAACGGCUGCGGCAACUCUCUGUUGAGUUGCAAGUACAAGGCCACGAGAGGCUUGCAGUCGAUCUUGAAGGUUAUCUGGACGAGGACGCUAAGGGCAAGCAAUACCCGUCGAAGCAGUACAAAGACUUGAUGGCCGAGGAAGUUGUGGAAGCCAUCAGGAAUCGUUUUACCUGA